AUGAAGUUACAUAUGAAGAAUCUGUUAUUUGCGACUUUCAUAGCGGCUACAUUUCGUUUGUUGUAUAUGGUUAGAAACCGACCUUGGAUGCGAACAAAUCAGUGUGAGAUGACUUACAUGUAUCGAAUUAUAAAUUUUAUGCGCAUUGAUAUUGAUCUCACAAAGUUGAAGUAUGGUCAAACCGAUGAUAUUGGAUAUCCGUUUUCGAAUGAUUUCAGUAGCUACGUGACGAUUUUAUAUGGAGAAGGAGAAUAUGCUCACAAUUACAUGAGGACCAAACAAGUUAAUGGACUUCCCGUCAUUUUUGUUCCUGGAAACGCGGGUUCUUCCAAACAGGUUCGUUCUCUGGGGUCGAUACUUCAUAAUAAGACCGAAAAUAGGAAUUUACCGUUCACAUUCGAUGUCUUUGCCAUUGAUUUCAAUGAGGAAUUGUCAGGUCUCUCAGGCAUGUAUUUGGAACGGCAAAUCAAAUAUCUCAAAUUAGCAGUGCGACAUAUUUGGAGCAUGUAUUCACCUUCACCUCAUGGUAUCAUAUUUGUUGGUCAUUCAAUGGGUGGUAUUGUUAUACGGUCCCUGUUGCAUAGCGUUGAUUUCGAUUCUAGUCGGAUUGCAUUUAUUAUAACUUUGGGGACACCACACAAAGAUGCACCAAUGGUUUUUGAUUGGUAUUUGAAGAAUAUCUAUGAUCGAAUGCAUGAAAGUUGGAAAAAGCAUCAAAAAGAAUUAGCCAGUCUUUUGAUCUUAUCAGUUUCGGGUGGUUUGAAAGACCAUCUUGUGCCAGAACAUUUUACUGUCGAUAGUGGUAUUCGCCAUAUUUCAACUACUGCUAUUGAUGGCAUUGAGCUAGAGACCGAUCAUCUUUGUAUUGUUUGGUGUAACCAGUUGGUUAGAUACAUCUCGCGUUUGAUGAUUGAAUAUGCUUACAAUCCGGCAUCGUUUCACAGACGUGCUGAUCAUGUUGUCAAGCAACUUUUUGAUGCUAAUGGGCUUCUCAGAGAGCCAAUACAUAUGAGAGUCGGUACAAGUACUGAGGUUAUCGUCGGGAAUGAAUCAAUUUUUGUAAAAAAUAAUGAUGAAAAUGUAAAAGAAUUCGUCCUCUCAUUUCCAAACAAUAGCUGGUUGUUCAUUGAAAGAAGUAUUGGGAGCUCGUUGCGGACAUCAUCCGGAGAACCCAUUUAUUCUUUGAACAGUUUGCGACAGACGUCUUACACACUCGUUCACUCGAGUGUCGCAGAAAGGAUUUCGGUCUCUCUAAAAUCUGAAAAGUUUUUCGAAGUCGUUGCACUUCGAGAAGAUCCGGCGAAGAGUAUUCAUGACGUGAAGGUUGUGCAUAUUGGAUUAUUGUCAUUAAUGAAAAGCUGCUUCACAUUUUUAUGGGAAGCCGACUUUGAGGGUGAUGAAUCUGUUGUAUUAUUGCCAGUUUAUUUCGAAACUCCAGGUGUUGCCAUCGUCAUACAACUUGAAUUAGAAUCAUGCAGGCAUACAAAUGAAUGGUUCGCAAAAGUUGAGUUUCGAAGUCAAGAUUUACGACGUAUAAGCAGUCUUGGUGACAGUAAAGAACUUCAAAUAAUUGGACAUUUACUUAAUAAGGAAGAAACAAAAGCCGAAAUAUUUUUCAUAUUAAACCGACGCUGCCGUUUCCAUGCACGCAUCGACAUCAGUUAUUUGGAUACUCUGAUUGUGAGAAGUGUUAUUCAAAUAUCCGAGAUUACAAAAUAA